AUGACAUCCGAUGCACAUGAUUUCCAUACGGGUAUGAUCGUUUGGAUACCAGAUAACGAUCAUCUGUUUGUAAAAGCUAAAAUCUUAUCCAUGGACAAUGCCUCGUCAAAAGUAACUGUAACAAUACUCUCUGCCAAUACAGAAUCGAUAUUACCAAUAAAUGAAUUACAACCCACAAACCCUUCUCCAACUUUCGAUAAAGUUGAUAACAUGUCUAUGUUAACUCAUUUGAACGAACCUUCAGUACUUUAUAACUUACAGAAUCGAUAUCAAGAUGAUAUCAUUUACACAUAUUCAGGUCUUUUCUUAGUCGCAUUAAACCCUUAUACAAAUUUGAAUCUAUAUUCCAAUGAUUAUAUAAAUAAUUACCAUGGCUCUUUAAAGGAUGAAAAUCCUCCUCAUAUCUUUGCCAUUGCUGAAUUUGCUUAUCAAAAUUUAUUACAAACACAAAUCAAUCAAUCUAUAUUAGUUACUGGUGAAUCGGGUGCCGGUAAGACUGAAAAUACCAAAAUCAUUUUAAAUUAUCUUUCAAAUAUUACUUCAAUAAAUCAUAUGAUCACGUCUACUCCAUCAACUUCAUUUAUAGAAAAUGAUGAUAUGACAUCAACAACCAUUGAAGAAGAUCUCGAUUCACGAUCGUUUGAAAAAAAAAUUUUGAAAAGUAAUCCCAUCUUGGAAUCAUUUGGGAACGCUCAAACGUUAAGGAAUAAUAAUUCGUCCAGAUUUGGGAAAUUCAUAAAGAUUAAAUUUAAUUUGGGUUCUGGGAAAAUUACCGGUAUUAAUAUAGAUUGGUAUUUAUUAGAAAAAUCAAGAAUCAUAUUACAAUCACAAAAGGAAAGAAAUUAUCAUAUAUUUUAUCAAUUAUUAUCAGAAUUAUCUACAAAUACCAAAUUAAAAGAAUCUUUAAAUUUAACUUCUUCAUCUCCAUUAGACUAUAACAUUUUGAAAAAUUCAAAUUUGAAAAUCCCUGGUGUAGAUGAUUUGAAAAAUUUUAAUGAAUUGAAAAAUUCGUUAUUAAUUAUUGGGUUUUCCAGUGAAAUCAUCUUGGAAAUAUUUAAAAUUAUAUCAAUAAUCUUAUUAAUUGGUAAUAUAGAAUUUAAACCAAAUAGAAAUUCGACUUCCACAGCAAAUAACGCUCAAGCGGUCAUCACUUCAGAUUUAAAACCUCUCUUGGAUUUAUUAGGUAUUGAAAAUGAAAUGGAUUUUAAAGACUCCAUUUUGAGACCCAAAUCAAAGGCAGGUAAAGAAUGGGUACAUCAAUCGAAAAAUUCUACCCAAUCAAAAUUCAUCCUGAAUGCCCUAUCAAGAUCAUUGUACGAACAUUUGUUUGCCUUUAUCGUCGAACAGAUUAAUAACAAUUUAAACUCAUCAGAUUCAAAUCCAAAUUCCAAUGAUUUUGCAUCAGAAGAUGAUGAACAUUUCAUCGGUUUAUUAGAUAUUGCAGGUUUUGAAAUCUUCGAUUUAAAUUCAUUCGAACAAUUGUGUAUUAAUUAUACUAAUGAAAAUUUACAACAAUUCUUCAAUAAUCAUAUGUUUAUUUUAGAACAAAAUGAAUAUUUAAAGGAAAAUAUUAAUUGGAAUUAUAUCGACUUUGGUAAGGAUUCUAUAGAGACUAUAAAUUUAAUAGAAAAUACAAAAGAUAAAUCAAUACCCACAGGGAUAUUACCAUUAUUAGAUGAAGUAUCCAUUUUACCAAAUUCAAAUAAUAAUUCCUUUUAUGAUAAAUUAAUCGAUUCUUGGGAUAAAAAAUCUAAGAAAUUUAAAAGAUCCAAAAAAUUAAAUUCAUUUAUUAUAAAUCAUUAUGCUGGUGAUGUAGAAUAUAAUACUGAAGAAUGGUUAUCCAAAAAUAAAGAUCCGUUAAACGAACAUUUAUUAAGUGUCUUAUCAAAUUCAAAUAACCCUCUAAUUCAAUCUUUCUUCAAUACCCAAACGUCUUCAUCAAACUCUUUAAUGAAAAAGAAAAAAUAUAAAACUACUGCUUCUCGUCAUACUGAUCAAUUACAUUCUUUAUUAAAACAAUUAAAUGAUACAAAUCCACAUUUUGUUCGUUGUAUUAUCCCCAAUAAUAAAAAAAUCGCUAAAUCUUUCGAUAGAAAAUUAAUUUUAAAUCAAUUACGUUGUAAUGGUGUUCUUGAAGGUAUCAAGAUAGCAAGAAAGGGAUACCCAAAUAGAAUUUUCUUUAAAGAAUUUUUCCAAAGAUAUAAUAUCCUAUCCAAGACUGAUAAUACAGAUUCCAUCGAUAAUAACACAAUGACUUCUUCAAGACAAAAUUGCGAGAUUUUGUUAAAAUCUUUACAACUAAGCGAUGAAUUAUACAAAAUUGGUAAUACGAAAUUAUUCUUCAAAAAUGGUGUAUUAGCCAAAUUAGAAUUAGAAAAGGAAAAACAAUUAAAUCAAAUCUUAACAAAUCUAAAUGCACAUAUUCGUUCCAAAUUAAUUAGACAACCCAUGGAAAAUAAUUUAAAUAAAUUGAAAUACUCAAAGAUUAUAGGUGCUACUUUUACUAAUUAUAAUAAUUUGAUGUCUAGUGAUGAUUGGUAUAAUUUAUAUAUUAAAUUAAAACCAUUAUUAAAUUCAACAAAGGAAAUAAACAAAUCCAAGAAGUUUAGUGAAAAGAUUAAAUCGUUGGAGUUGCAGAUUAAAGACUUAAAUGAAAAAUUAAUUAAAUCUGAAACCACUGAUAAAGAAAAUGUAUUGAAAUUAAAUCAAUCAAUGGAUGAGAUUAAUUCUUUGAAAAAUCAUAUUUUAGAAAAAAAUGAUGAAUUAGAUAAGAUAAAAUUAGAAUCCGAUGCAACUUUAAAGAAGUGGGAAUCAUUAAACGAAACUAACAAUACCUUAACCAAAGAUUUGAAAUCAAUGACUGAUAAAAUGGAAACAAGAGAAAAGGAAAUUGAAACUUUGAAAAACGAUACUACAAAGAUUGAUGAAAUUAAUACUCAGUUAAAAGAAGCUAAGGAGAAAAUUCUUCAGAAGGAUAAGGAAAUAAUUACUUUGAAGAAUGAUACGUCUGCUGCUGAUAAGUUGGAAUCUCAAUUAAAAGAUUUACAAGCUAAUUUAAUAUCAAAGGAUAAGAAAUCAAAAGAUGAUAAAUCAUUGAUUGAUUCAUUGAACACCAAAAUUACAAAACUUGAAGAAUCUCUAACCAAACGGGAUAAGGAGAUCAUAACUUUAAAGACAAAUACCAAAACAAACGACGACUUAACAAAUAAAUUGAAAAAAUUAGAAACUGAAUUAUCGACCAAGGAAAAAUCUUAUAAAUUAUUAUUUGAUUCUAACAAAUCGUUGGAGACAGAAAUUCAUUCAAUUAAAAAAGUUGUUGCCUCUAAAGAUUCUCAAAUUAAAAAUUUGAAUGAUACAUUAAGUAAAAAGGAAAAUAAUUUGGAUGGAAAAUUGUCAUUAUUAGAGAAAGAGUGCCAUUCUGCUUUAACUAAAAUGAAAACUCUUUUACUUGAUAAUUCUAAAUUGAAAAAUCAAAUAGAACAAUUAACUGAAUCAAAUAACUCUUUGGAAAAGAAACUAUCAAAGAAAGAUGAUGAAUUAGAAAAUUUGAAAGGAAUCUCUAAAAUCCAUUCUGAUGAACUAACAACUAUAACCAAUGAAAGAGAUUCAUUUAUUGAAGAAAAUGAAAAAUUGAUUACGGAGUUGAAAUCGAGCAGAGCUUCAUAUUCUGAACUUAAUAAAAAUUUUAACAAGUUAAGUGAAAAGAUGAAAAAAUUACAGUCUGCAUCUUCUGAUGACGAAUCCUUAUCAAAUGAAGAAUUGCAUGUUAAGAUUAAAUCACUCGAGAAGAAUUUAGCAAACGAGGUAUCAUUAAAUAAGUAUUUGAAUGAAAAAUUAUUCGAAAAAAUUGAAGAAUCAAAACGUCAUAAUAGUUUCAGCUCAUCUCGUUUUAUUAAAUCUGAAAAGAGUAUGCAAGAUUUAUUAAAGAUUAAUGAAGAUUCUGAGCUCAUUGUAGAGGAGUAUAAGAAAAAAUUACAUGAAUUACAAGAAGAUAAAAAAGAUCUAAUGUCAAGAUUAACAUUUACUGAAACACGCUUAGCAUCAUCUUCAUUCGAAUUACAAACCAAAUCAUCCCAAUUAAAUACAUUGAAAACUAUAGUUUCUGGAUUGAAUUUACCUCAUGAUACAAUGAUGACUAUUGAUAGAGAAUUAAAGGAAUCAAAACCUUCUGAUAUUAAUGUAGAAAAAAUCUUACUGGAAAUUGAGCAUUUAAAGAGACAAUUAGAAAUUGAAACCAAAGCUAAAAUUGAUGCAGAAAACUCUGUUGCAGCUUUACAUGAUAAAUUUAAGAGAAUACAAAGAUCUGAUUCAUCAUCUGAAAUCUAUAAAUUAAAAUAUGAAGCUAGUGCUGAAAAGAUUAGAACUCUGGAAAGUAAAUUAUCGAGAGAGCCUUUAAAACCUUUAUCCAAUGUUUCUUCCAACGACUUAUUUAAUAAACGUGAAAGCAUCAGUAAAUAUGAUGAAGAUUUACGUGCUUAUAGAUUAGAAAUUUUGAAUUUGAAGGAAAUCAUGAAAAAUUCUGAUAAGGGAGUAGCUACUCUUCAAAAAAGACUGGAAGAAAAAUCUUUGAAUGAAAAUCUGUUGCUAGAUCGAAUCAAGAUUCUAGAAAAAGAUUUAGACACGACUGAACAUCAAAAUGAAUUAUUAUCGAAAACGUUAACUUCGCAAAAACAACAAAUUGAAAAUAAUUUGAAUGAAAUUCAUCAAUACGAACUACAGCUUAAGGAUUAUGCCUAUGCGCUAAAACAAUCGGAUGAAGAUAUUCAACAAAUGGUAUCUAAUAUUAACUUCCUUAAAGACCAAAUCAAGGAUAAUGAACAAGCCUUGUUCGAUCAUGAAAAUGAAAAGAAUUCUUUAAUAAUGGAAUUGAACGAUACAUCCCUAGAAUUAAAGAAAUCACAAGAUGCGAUUAAGUUAUAUACUUCAGAGAUUUCUCAUUUGAAGGAACGUAUAGUUGAUGCUCAAGACAGAACAAAAGAAUAUGAGGAAAUUGACCAAUUAAGAAGUCAAUUAAAACAAUAUAUGAAAAUAGAAUCUGAGCUAAAUAAGGAAAUAUCUGUGUUGAAUUUUAAAUUAAACACUCUCACAAAAGAUUCUGAAUAUAAGAUAGAAGAAUUAUUAAAACAAACCAAUCAUUAUACUGAACUAGUGGAAAAAUUGGGCUCUGAAAGAGAUAUGCUUGAUUCAACUGGUCAAAAUUUGAAACAAUUAUACGAAAAUGUAUCUACAGAGGCUAGUACCCUAUCUGAUAAUAUGAAAUCAUUAAUCAAUGAGAAUACCAUGCUUUCUGGUGAGGUUGAAAGAUUAGAAAACUUAUUGGAAGAUAAGAAUAAAUUAUUAAAUGAAAUAAAGUAUGAGAAUAAUGAUUCGAAAAACUCAAUUAAAUAUUUGCAAGAAACUUUAGAAUUAAGAAAUAAACAAACUGAAAGAAAUGAAGAACUAUUGAAAUCGUUACAAGAUCAACUUGACGAAUUCAAGGAAAAUUACAAUGAGGAAAAACAAAAUGCCUUAGAGUUUGAAGAGGAAUAUAGAUCUGUUGAUAAAUUAAACCAUCAAUUAACUUUGAAGUAUAAUACUCUAAGGGAUCGUUUGAAUGAUACCAGAGAAAGAGACCAAUGGUUAGCCAAAAUUCACGAACUUGAAACAAAGAUAUCUGAGGAAACAGAAUUAAAAUAUGAAGAGAUUAAGAAAAAUAAAAAACUUGAACAUAUAAUCGGUGAUUUACAAAGAGAAAAUUUAAUGAGUUCUAGUAUAGCUGAUAAAGUAGAAGAUGAAAGAAAAAACUUUGAGUCUAGUGCUUCUCAGUACGCUAAUCACAUCGAUGAAUUGGAAUCUCAAAUAGCCAAACAAGAAAUUGAAAUCCGUAAAUUGUCCAGAGAUAAUUUAUUUUUACAAGAUAGAAUACCUGAAAUGGAAAAAGAAGUAUUUUAUUGGAAGGAACGUUACAACAAUUCUAUAAUUGCUGCGGAAGACAUUACUUUUGAAGAGGUUGCCGCAUAA